AUGACAGUUACCAUCAAGCCCAUCGCCAAUGGCCACACAUCACCAGAACCUCCCCCUCUAGAUCACGAUUUCCAUAAUUCAUGGGGCAGCAUAUACUCGAAUAGCGGGUUCACGCGCGACGAUCGCGCUCGCAAGCUCUGGGAGGAUUACACCCUCAACCCAGCCAGGGUUGAGCAGCAGUACCAUCUUCUCCUCAGCGAAUAUUCCGAGCGCUUUCAAUCCUUUUUCAACGGUUACUGGCCCAUUUCGUUUCACGCCCAUGUCAGCGAUGCGCUCAUAUCAACAACGGUAGCGAGCCUUCUCUUGAACACCGCGUCGACCUGCCCAUUAGUUGUGGAGGAUCCAGCACUGUCGCCGCUUCUCAAGGAUGAUCCUGAACCUGAGAAAGUCCAGCAAUUUGUGCGCGACCUUCUAGGCUGGUCUGAUGUUCAUGCGACAGCGCCAAAACUGGCCAUCGUGGAGGGGAUCUACGGCAGUGCAUAUGGGCCUUUGGCUCACUCAUCCGUCGAAUGGGAGAGUAGGAUUAUUGGCGCAGGGCCUACAUCAAUCUUGAUCACUCGGAGCGAUUUCUCGUCGGAGUCUACAUUACUGAACAAGCUCACUGACGCCAAAAAGCAAGGCUGUGUCGCUGUCGUAUGCGAUUUGGUGAGCACUUCGGACGGGUCAACAUUACCCCCCGAUCUAUACCACCUCCUGCUAUCCUGCUGCAAUCAAGCGCGCAUCUGCCUUAUCGUGGACGAGGCCAUGACCGCUAUGCGAUGCGGUGCGCCAUUAGCCUGCCAAAGGCCAGAAUACUUUGGCAAUGGGGAAAUCCAGGCCGACAUGAUCGCAUUCGGGAAAGGAAUGGGCGUGAGCGGCGUGGCAAUCAAUUUCAACGGCCUGAUGAUGCGCCACCUCGCAUACCACAAGCGGGACCAAAUCCUCCAGACCCUUAAAUUCUGGCGGUGCAUGGUAAGCAGGCCCAUCGCGAUCCCGGUUCUAAUCGAGGCCUUGGGGAUAUUGAACGUCGCCGAGGUGGAGGAUUGGCCAGCGAAAAGCGAACAGAUCGGGGCUGCAUUUCGCGAGUUUGUUCAUCAAUACUCCCAAAACGACGGCGACAAGGAGAUUAUCCGCGGCUUGGGCGCAUUCCUCGCCGUCGACCGUGAGUUUUCCAAGCAAUUCCGCGUCAUGGCGGCGUUCCGCAGGCGGAGUUCGUGGGCUCGCUGGCUUCCCAAGCUCAAUAGCACUGCGUUCCUUGAUCCCCAGUCAAUCGCGAAGUACUUAAUUGGUCCUGGUGCCCGGCCAAUCCGGCAGGCGAUGUCCGAGGAAGCACAGGUACAUGGGGCCAAGCCAUUGUGGUGCUAUAGUUGCGGUAUUGAUACGGCCGGGGACGAUUGGUGCCGGACGUGUUUCUUAGGAUCUUGCGGCAGUGAGGACUGUGCAGAGGGUUUGCGUGCCCAUGAGUGUGUAUAG